AUGAGAGAAGGAAAACAAAGAACAAUAUCUGCCCGUGAUUACGUUAGUGGUGAGUUAUUUAUCCUUCGUUCCUGUUACCCUGAGCUUUUCUUAGCAUCACCUCUGUUAAACAGAAUAACUUGUAAAGUGAAUGGUGAAAAAAUACUGUAUAAUUCUGAUCAUUUAACAAGAUGUAGACCAAAAUGAUUGUUUGCAUUUGUGAAUUCAUCUGCUUUUUCCCACUUAAAGUAGUGCGACUCUUGACUGAAUGCUUCCGCAAAAAGUUAAAACUUUGUUACCUUUGUGCUGCAGUUGUGAAUGAGUUAGUUAGAGAUGUACUAGCUGCUAUCAAUGAGCACUUUGCCGCCGCAUCUCAAGAUUUAACGGAUUCAGCAGAGGUUUUGAGCUUAACAAGAGAAAGAAACUUCAGUCAGUAUACAACGAACAUAACUAACAUAACCCAUCUUGCUGAAAACGCGUCUACCUACGCAAAGGAAACGUUGAAAAAGGUAUGAAUUGUAAAAGUUAGAAAGAAACUAUUGGAAUUUAGCAGAUUUGUUUCUCCAGGCAACUUUUAAGCCGUCUACAGGCACAUGCUUACCUAAGCACCUUCGGUUCCUUAACUACUAUAUUAUUGACUAAAUAUCAGUGUCCGAAUGGAGAUGGAAAUAUAGAAAUACCACAUUUUUCGAUAGUUUCAUCCUUUUCAUCGUUUCUAAGACCUUAGACUGAAGAUCCUGAACAGAUCCUUGUUGCUGACAUUUGUCCUUCAGGUCUUUUCUCAGUUAUUUCUUGCCCAUGAGCUUGGUGCCUCAGUCGAGAUAAGAGCCGCUAAUUUCACCGAGAUUCAAGCAGCUUGGAACCAAUCACAUACACAGUUCCUAAAUACAAUGGAACAAGUCUAUAACCACUCACACGAGAUCCAAGCAAUACUUAUGGAGACCAAGGUAUGGCGCCAUCUUGAAAACGGCCUUGUUUUUACUUCCUUUAAAAUGAAUACGUUUCUUUGUUGUUGUCAUUUUUCUAACCUUUCCCACGUCCUUUCUAUUGGCCUCAUCUAACUGUGAGUCAUAGAAGCAUUAUGAGAAAUAUUCUUUGAUUUUAUUCUUUAUGUUGUCUUUCUUAGAGACUCGUGGAUCAAGAAUUGCUGACUUUAAACAGAACUGAGUCUUCGUUGUUAAAAACAAACACCACAUUAAUUAACACAUGGAAUGUUCUUAAGGAGGGCACAUUACUACUUGAGGUAACUAAAGGACCCCCUCUUUGAUACUUCACAGUUGUGUGGGACUUUUAACGCAAGAUUUUCACCUGAAGAAAAAGAUUCUUAGUUUAUUGAUUCAAAAUGAGAGUCCAACUUCUUUUUACUGUGUUGAGAUCGGACCAUCUGUCGCCAAUCAGGGAAUAGUUACAAAAACUUGAUACUCAGACGGUGUGUCCAGGUUUGUCCAUCUCUCUCGCUGUACCCAUUUGUGUGCAUGAAGAGGAACAUGGCGACUACACUGACUUGAACCGUUAUGCAGAAAAUUAUACUUUGACAUUCAAGGCCACUGACAAUGUUCUUGAUGUUGAAAUUGUUUACCGACUCUCCCGAGUUGUUCUUUAAGGCCGCCAGAGAGGUAAAAAGAUCAUCAGGUAGAAGAGAAAAGAAACAAAGCAAAAACAGAGAUAAGAAUGCUUACGUCUGUUUUUUUUUUGUAGCAAUACCGCCGCACAAUACUGUUUGUAAGUGGAGAAUUGGAGAUUUCUAUGCUGAGAUACGAACUCGAAAAAACAAAGUUUGUUGUGCGGGUGAUGAGGGGACGUAAUCUGCCUGCCAGAGACUCUCCUGCCCACACCUCAGAUCCUUACGUUGUGAUAUCAACUAUUCCUGAUUGGAAUAACGAGGGAACUAUGAGGACUUCCCCAGUUUACGGUGCGGUUCACUGAUGUUUAAGUAAUAAUUUUAAUUAAACAUAUCAACAGCCCCAAAGCUAACAAAUAGACACACGACUCAUUAUAGGGCUUCGAUUCUGUUGAAUUUGAAAUAACUGUAAUCAAUCACUAUUCUCUUAUUAGACACUGCAGUUCUACUUGAGAAAGGUAACUAUUUUUUUGAAUUCAGCAGAGGUUUUGAGCUUAACAAGAGAAAGAAACUUCAGUCAGUAUACAACGAACAUAACUAACAUAACCCAUCUUGCUGAAAACGCGUCUACCUACGCAAAGGAAACGUUGAAAAAGGUAUGAAUUGUGAAAGUUAGAAAGAAAUUAUUGGAGUUUAGCAGAUUUGUUUCUCCAGGCAACUUUUAAGCCGUCUACAGACACAUGCUAACCGAAGCACCUUCGGUUCCUUAACUACCAUAUUAUUGACUAAAUAUCAAUGUCCGAAUGGAGAUGGAAAUAUAGAAAUACCACAUUUUUCGAUAGUUUUAUCCUUUUCAUCGUUUCUAAGAUCUUAGACUGAAGAUUCUGAACAGAUCCUUGUUGCUGACACUUGUCCUUCAGGUCUUUUCUCAGUUAUUUCUUGCCCAUGAGCUUGGUGCUUCAGUCGAGAUAAGAGCCGCUAAUUUCACCGAGAUUCAAGCGGCCUGGAACCAAUCACAUACACAGUUCCUGAAUACAAUGGAACAAGUCUAUAACCACUCACACGAGAUACAAACAAUACUUAUGGAGACCAAGGUAUGGUGCCAUCUUAAACAAAAACGGCCUUGUUUUUACUUUCUUUUAAAUGAAUACGUUUCUUUCUUGUUGUCAUUUUUCUAACCUUUCCCACGUACUCUUUAUUGGCCUCAUCUAACUGUGAGUCAUAAAAGCAUUAUGAGAAAUAUUCUUUGAUUUUAUUCUUUAUGUUGUAUUUGUUAGAGACUCGUGGAUGAAGAAUUGCUGACUUUAAACAGAACUGAGACUUCGUUGUUAAAAACAAACGCCACAUUAAUUAACACAUGGAAUGUUCUUAAGGAAGGCACAUUACUACUUGAGGUAACUAAAGGACCUUCUUUUUAAUACUUCACAGUUGUGACGGACUUUUAACGCAAGAUUUUUCACCUGAAGAAAAAGAUUCUUAGUUUAUUGAUUCAAAAUGAGAGUCCAACUUUUUUUUACUCGAUCGGACCAUCUGUCGCCAGUCAGGGAAUAGUUACAAAAACUUGAUACUCAGACACUGUGUCCAGGUUUGUCCAUCUCUCUCGCUGUACCUAUUUCUGUGCAUGAAGAGGAACAUGGCGACUACACUGACUUGAACCGGUAUGGAGAAAAUUAUACUUUGACAUUCAAGGCCACUGAAAAUGUUAUUGUUGUUGAAAUUGUUUACCGGCUCUCCCGAGUUGUCCUUCAAGGCCGCUAGAAAGGUAAAAAGAUUAUCAGGUAGAAGAGAAAAGAAAUAAAGCAACAACAGAGAUAAGAAUGCUUACGUCUGUUUUGUUUGUAGAAAUACCGCCGCACAAUACUGUUUGUAAGUGGAGAAUUGGAGAUUUCUAUGCUGAGAUACGAACUCGAAAGAACAAAGUUUGUUGUGCGGGUGAUGAAAGGACGUAAUCUGCCCGUCAGAGACUCUCCUGCCAAGACCUCAGAUCCUUACGUUGUGAUAUCAACUAUUCCUGAUUGGAAUAACGAGGGAACUAUGAGGACUUCCCCAGUUAAAGGUGCGGUUCACUGAUGUUUAGGUAAUAAUUUUAAUUAAACAUAUCAACAGCCCCAAAGCUAACAAAUAUACACACGACUCAUUAUAGGGCUUCGAUUCUGUUGAAUUUGAAAUAACUGUAAUCAAUCACUAUUCUCUUAUUAGACACUGCAGUUCUACUUGAGAAAGGUAACUAUUUUUUUGAAAAAUGAUUAGCGAUUGAGGGGGGGUCAUCAUUGAAAACUGGUUUUAAACAAGUUGGUUUAGAUCUGUAACGUCACUUCUCCCACCAGAGCAAUUCAUUCGGAACAAACAUUGUAUCUGCUAUAUCUACUUCCCUUAUUUUGCAGGAAACGUAAACCCGGUAUUCCCAUUUGAGCUAUUCAGCUUUACUAUUUCUAUGGAGCAAUUGAAUUACACGAAGGUGAGACUGGCCGUGUAUGAUCAUGACCCUGGUGACGAGGAUGAUUUCUUGGGUGUGGUGUUUAUUGAUUUGGCCACCGCUGGAGACUUCUUCAAUAGUGUGAUCACUAAAUGGUACCCGCUGCUACCUCAGGUAAAAUAUAAAAGAAAAUUUACAAAGUUACAACGAAAAGAAAUAAAACCGACAAUCACGGCAUUAGUAUAUAUUCCCAUAUGAAUGUUUUGUUUACUUUAUCUUAUAUCCUGGGCAAGUAUCUUAGCGUUCUCAGUUACAGUUUUUGGUGAAAAGUCUUGUUGCUUGAGAUGAUAUUCACAAGAGCUGCUGCUUUUUUAUAAACUCCUGACUCGAAGUGUAAUCGGCGCUUCGUUGGUUGAUAAUUCUGUGUCCACUUCUAUUUCAAGCGGCAACUUAAGCUUGACAGCGUCACUGCAGUAAUACACUGGUAAGCGUAACCUUUUGAGCGCUCAAAAAACCAAUCUUUUUCAGGACCUAUCUCAAAUCGAUAGCGGGAAUUUUGUAUCGUCGAGUGGACUUACAGAUGUGACAAACGUACUCGAAAAAGAAAUCAGGAAAAUGCAAAUGAAGUUGGGUCUUUCUGAUAUUAGUUUACAGCAAGCUCAAAAUCAAGCAUCGUACCUGGAAUCACUCGCUUAUCAAAUGGAACUGUGAGUACAUUACAAAAAGCAACUGAAUUCUUUUUGGUAUGUGGGGUGUAUACUUAGAAAUAACUGGUCCCAUUGGGCUGGCGUACCUUUCAACCAGCCUUAAUAGGCAAUACACUUCUUGUUUAAGAAGAUCUCUCCGCCAAAUCAUUUGCGGGUUAAAGUGCUAAGCUCUCCUAACAGGAUUGUAGCUUAGGAUAUUAGUGGCUGCAUUUUUCAAAAUUUGUUAUUCUUUUUCCUUUCUUGAUGGACUUUUCCUGUUAUUUAUUCAAAGGACAUUUAACAGCAGUCGUGCUCAGGGUUCUUUACCGUUACUGGCAAUCGACAGAUAUUCUGAAAUAGAAGAACUUGUCAACAGAUCGCUAGAUCUUGUUGAACUAGCCAACAUUACUAUUAGCAGCAUAACUAAAAAGGUAAAAGGAAACAAACCUCAAUAAAUAUAAUGAUAUAAUCAUAAUGAAUGAUUUUCCCUUAAAAUUGUUGACGAUAUUUUCUUUACUGACUCGGUUUUGAUUUUUACCCUUUUUUAAUAGCUCAGUGUGAUUUCACUGGCCGAUUUGAAACACAACGCUGAAAUGGCCUGGUCAAGUCUACGUGACCUUUACAACGUCACACUUGAAAGAAACUCUACUGCACAUGGUGAGUUAAUAUCAAUAUGCUUGAAAAAUUUACUUACAUUGGUGAAACCAACAGAAACCUUAGCACGUGACUGACCGAACACAAACGAGCGACAAGGAAUGGUGACGUCAACAAUCACAUUGCUGAACACCAUUUACAGACGAAACAUCGAAUCGACUGGGAUUCUGAGACAUGUAUUACGUAUUCUACAGACUACUAUCAACGACUUACUUUAGAAAGUUGGUUUACUAACUUAGAACAAACGCCAUUGAAUCGUAGCCAACAGUUACCAGCACCGUACAAACGACUUAUUGACGAGAUCAAGAAAAACUAACUACGAGAGAACGACUGGAGAACUGACAAUUUAACUAACAAUAAACGACUGUUUAACUGUGCCAAUAGACGUAUCGAAACGCACCAAUUACUGAUUACGAGUCUUCAUAGCCAAUACCAUUACGGCUUAACUGACAGACGACCACGUGACACAACUCACUUUGACUCUGAAGAUGUCUACCGCACAGGUUGUCGAAACGUCAGUCACUGUCAACAACAGUCCUAUUCUGGACUACUAUCACUCGGACGAUCAAACAACCUACUUUUGAAAUGACUCCUGGGUUCAACCCUUUCACAAUGCUUACAUAAAUAAAGGAACUGCAAUAGGCUGUCUCAAUCUUCCUCAUGUUGCCUUUUCGUGGGCUUUGCAAUGAUAGGAAGAGCCGAUGACAGAAAUUUCCUAGACCAGCGUCUCGCUCUUCAAUUCUCUCAAUCCGAAGCAAAUAUCGCUUAACGUCAACCCAUUUCCCGACGACUUUUAGAGUACUGAAUAAUCAGCACUCAAGUCAAAGAAUCCGGUUUUUUUGAAGUAAGUCUUGCGCUGUAAAGUUCGAAUGAAUCAUAGUUGAGGCUACCACCAGAACAUGGCGAGCUAUCUCUGAUUUUUUGUGUCAAGCGUUUCGUUCUCAGAACAAAAUACUUGCGCUAGAGAUAAGAAGGCUUGGUGUUUUUUCUUUUUAAUUUAGGAAAAAUGGAUACAAAUAAAAAAAGGUUGUUGAAUAGUUGAGAAAAUACUUAAAAGUUUGCAGACAUGAAAACUUGAACGUAUAAAAAGAGAGGUAUAUUUCUUAAUUUCCAGGUCUGGAAAAGGACAUUUACGAAGCAAAUACAACGUUCUUGAAUUCCCUUGCCUUGUGGAAUGAAAUAUAUGACAAGUUUCCUGUCAUUCAGAAUGCGGCUGUAAGGUUGCAAGCGUCUGCGAGCGGCGGUGAGUUAAUUGAAAAAAGUGAUAUGUGAUACAUGAUAUGUAAACGGACGGGUAAUUUUCGGAUACAUAGGGUUAGAGAGCUACCAUUACAAAAUUGUUCCUACAUUUAAAUUCUUAAUGAAAGGUGUCUUCUUGAUUUCUGAAUCUUUAACCAGUCUUCAUAAAUGUGUAUCCCGCUUUGCUCCUCAUUGUAGCUCCAGAUGUGAUUCCUUUUCUAAUGGAUGCACGGAAUGAAGUACAAAAUGCAAGCUUGAUGUUGACUGGCCUGGAAUUGCAUCUCAGUAAUAUGCAACAACUGAUUGAACUAUUGUUACGAAAAACGACUGCUAUUAAGAACAAUUCCGACAACGGGAUAAUGAUGAUGAACAACGCUUUGGUUAAUGGUAAGUAACUUACUCACGGAACUUAAUUGUUCAGUCUCUAAAUACAAAUGUCAGUGAAAUGUUGUGGCACUUGCUCACUUCACUUAGCUGUCUAUUACUUCUGCCACUGCUUUUGCUACUACUACUGUUACCAUGGAACCAUUGACAGUAAUACCAGUUAUACCAGUACUGCCAUUUACACUAAUUUCAUCACAAUACGGUGCAAAAAAGAUAUUGACAAAGUUGGCGUGCAUUGACUGCGCUAUUGUCAACUGAAUGUUCACUGUUUUUUUUUAUCACCGACGUUGCUUAAUGUACAUUUUUAAGAGAUGGUCAAUUCAUAAUUCUAUGUCAUAAUUCACGUUUUAUUCUAGUACAAAAUAUCACAACAAGGCUGACCCCAAAUCCAGAUGAGCCUCCUGUCAAUGUCACAGUACGAGAGGCUACAGUAGUUAUGACCUCACUUCCGCCGCUUCGACAACGGAUAGAAAGCCACAUGGAGAACGCGUCAAAUAAACUAAACCAGAUAAGAGGAAUGGUCGCUUCCAUUCCCCUUGCCCUUCAUCUGACAAAUGAUUCUUCAAUUACAUUUGUUCCUUCGAGGCGCACUAUCGAGUCGCCCUCUAUAAAUGAGAUUUCGUUUGAUAUUAAGACCAAUAUCAGCGAUGGAAUAUUGCUCUAUGUUGUUGGUGAUCAAGACAAUGGACCUAAUGAGCGCUCAAAUGAGCUGGUGAGUGGUGUUUGUUAUUAAGUGUUAUUUCUGCAAUAACACAGUCCUGAGAUCAUUCAUGACGUAAAACAUAGUUUAAGAACCUCAGAUUAGACCAUCAUCACUCUAAACCGUACCAUAGGUGAUAAGAACAAGCUGAAACACAAGUUAACUGAAAAUUUUGAAAGGUCCGCCUCUUUAAGCCCUAUACUGUAUCUUCCAUCUUUGGAAGGAAGACUGCAACUACUAAUGGCCUUGCUUUAAGAGGGUCUCUCUUGACUUGCUCACGAAAAUAAAAGUCUCAGGUCCCAUAAAUGGAUUAUUUUGCACACCUAAAUUAUGUGUUAUGGACUUUACCACUUUGUUUUUCAAUUCUCUCUCAGUAUUCCUGCCGUUAGGGUAAGUUUAUUAGGUCUUUUAGUAUACCACACCAAGUAAAAUCUUACUAGAACUAUUUUUUCUUAGACAAACAGCCUUGGCUUCUACAUAUCUAACAGUCUUGUCCACGCCGUUUUUAACCUCGGUGACGGUCCAACUGUGGCUCAGAAUUCCUUGGAACUUAAGAAUGACACUUGGUACAAUGUUUACUUUACCAGGUAUAACUGUUUCUAGAAAAACUUGCCCCAUCUUUGAACUCUUACAUCAAGGAUGUUUAUCAACGACUUUUUUUCUCAUUAUACUCUUAAAAGGAAAUUAAAUAGUAAUUUACUGGAAGAAUAGAGUUUGUUGGGAAACAUAAAGCGCGUUACGCAACACAACGUGCCUUACCCUAAACAUAGUAAUGGAAACCUUGAUCGCGUGUAUUUUUAAAGAGAUAAGGAAUGUAUUAAGUUGACAAGUUAAUUGCUUUUGAAUGUUACGUGCGUGAUGUGAUAAGAAUAUGACACAUAGAUAUCUUAUAACAAAAAUGCCAAGACUGUGUAUAAGAAAAGAGAGUUGUUAUGAUUAGGCAGAAUGAAUUAAUGAAUGUACGGUGUAGUGAACGAGGAUCGUUGCUGGGAAUAAAGAUAUACAGUCCAAGUUCCGAGUGUUUGAUUGAGUGUGUGGAUAUUCCCGAACAGAGUUCGCAGUUAUUGAGACCUAAAAAUUACGCAAAAUUAAAGAUGCCUCGGUACUGAACACUUAAAUUGAGAGGGAUGAUUUGUCUCCUAUCUCCUCUAAGUUAUUUCUAAGUAAUAUCAACCAAAAGUGAUAUUCAAUGCUAAAAAUAGUGCGUGUGUGUGUGUGAUAAAUAUUCAUGCAGAUUUGGUGCUGAGGGAUUCUUAACUGUCAGCGGAGACUCAGAGAGAAGUGAAACAUUUAGGGUGAAUGGCUCCUCCAACAACGAAGACAAAAAACUGAAGCUUACAAACCAAAGUGUUAUUUACGUUGGUGGAUUGCCUGCUGAUCUCAAGGUACUGCUAAAUAGAGAAACCGCUGAACAAAAGGAAGCUUUUCUGUUUUCGUUCCCAGUAAAAGUAAUCAUUAGUGAUAACUGAUACUGAUACUGCCAGCUUUUAAAUAAAAUGAAAAAAUGUGUAUCAUCUCAAAUUGAUAAAUUAGCUAUGAUAACAUAUUAUACCAGUGUCGGUUAUCUUCCUGUACUGUGCCUUUAAGUCGAAGCAACACAUUUGAUAAAACAGACGAUUAAGAUCAACAACCCCCUUCCUUAUUAAAUCACAAUUGAACCCUUGGCUAAAUUAAGUGUCACGUCUUGAAUCAUAUUUUAUUUUAACUGAAGUUCUUUGUUGUUUCAGGAAUCCCUACAGGUCUCCAAUUAUUUCAAAGGAAUCAUCGAUAACUUGAUUAUAGAUAGCAUUCGGUACAACCUCUGGAAUCCAAAACAAGCUUAUGGUGACGGCAGACUGUAUGCAGUUUCUCGCCAUAGAAGGCCGUUUUAUCCACAGAACGGAAAGGCCGUUAGUUUCUAUAGUAACGGUUACAUUCAACAUGCACUGGGUCCAUUUAAUAAUAGCAUGGGAUAUACUGAGGUGGAAGUGGAGUUCAGGACAUUGCAUCAAAAUGGGAUCAUCAUGGCAGUCUCAAAUAAGCAACAGAAAUAUGUAUUCGUUAUCUACCUUCAACAUGGACGUGUUUAUUUCUACUUUCAAACUGGACAAAGUGAUACCGGGAUCACUCUAGAAAGUGUAAGGUAAACAAACCUUUACUGCUAAAAAAGGAACUCACACUGACUUACACGGAAAUUUAAUUAACUCAUCGAAAGUCAAAAUUAUUAAUUUGAAAGCUUUCAUUUUAUUCCUUGAAGGGUUGGAAAAAAUUCCCACCUAUUCUGGCCUAUAAGAAAUUAAUCAGAUGGGUUGGCUAUUAAGGUAACAUGUAUCAAUACUGCAGUUACAAAUUCCUUCACUUUAACUUUCGGUAAUACUCUGUUUUCAGGUCUUCGUAUGGAGAUGGCCGAUGGUAUCAGGUUCGUGUCAUUCGCACGUCUGUUAAUGCGACGCUGGCGGUGAAUCUAGUCGGCUCAAGGGAGACUCCAGAUGGUCGCUUUGUCGACAAUGGUAUCACAGCAUUUGAGAGUGGACAUGAGAUCACUUUUGGGGAUCUUCACCCAAACAGGCCAAACAGGUUUUAUUUUAUAUCCCUAGACUGUCUAUUAAAAAAUGUUGAUUAAGGGCCGCACGGCUCUAAAACACGUUACCACCUAAGACGUCUUAGGUUUCCUGGCGAAAGUUUCUUAUUAGCAAUUUGUUGGCUCCAUUGAAAGUGCAAAUCAGAAACCAGCUUUACCCUUCGUAAAUUAGUUCUCUUGAUAGGCAUUGAUUCUUAUGCAGCGCUUAUCUUAAAACAUGGUGUUGUCGCAAAAGGAGUCUUAGGUCCAGUAGGUUUACUAAUGUUUGUUAAAAAUCAAUUUUUCAGCGGCAGGCCCUUUUCAACAACCGACCCCUUUUCUGGUGACAUGAACAAUUUACGGUUGUUUAGCGAGGAAACUGCUUCUCUGGUUUCUCGAACCUUCAACGACGCAGCGCUAAUGACUGCAAAACAAGGAGUUUCUUUUAGUGGAGUUAUAAAAGGACCGGUGAGUAAAUAGUUAUCGAACGAUUUGACAUCAUGAUAGCACAAUAAGCUGGUGUUAUUAACGGAGUUCAGCGCUAGCGAUUAAAAGGGAGCGAAACAGUCCGUUUCCCUACAAAAUAAACUUGGUCGCAUGUGAGCCUCAUAGGAAUUCAACGGAAUACACAUAGCAACACCCAAACUGGGAAGUAAACCACACUCGUCCAGCGUGCAAAGAAUAUCGUAUGCGAUAGCCCGGGGCUAGUGGAUUUUGCUAUCGGGCUAGUGAAUUCUGUUCUUAACUUGCCCGAGGGGCAAGUGAGAUUUUUGAGGAAUUCAAAUUACAGAAGAUUUGUGAAAUCACUUUUGCUUACACAAAAGUUUUUGGGGCUAGCUGAAAUAACUUUUUGGCUGGUAAAUGCUAAUGUAGCUUCAGCUUGCUCGAAUGGCAAGCCGUAAAAAUGACUUUCUUUGCAUCCUGUCUUCAAGUAGAGGCAUUCAAGUUGUCCAAGUUGCCGUGGUAAUAUGUAAACGAAACUGACGUCACAACGAGGAGACCGUAGACUUGUGCUUAUAUUCUUCUACGAAUAAAAAAGAAUUCAGUGUUUGCCUGUCAAACGGGCGUUUUUCACUCAAAAAUCACUUUCUCACUUGAGGUCUACAACGGGCCAAUAUAAUGUUUUGUAUGAUAUGGAGUUCAAGUGUUAGUUCUUGUUAUUACGUUUACAGAUUGAACAUGGAACACGUUUCUAUGGUUACCGAGAGGAAGUGGAAGAAUGUUCGCAUGCAAGUAUUGAUAUAGGCAGUGAAACGGGGGAUAUGACUUCUUUGACAUUCACCUUCAAGACCAGCGAGGAAAGCGGGGUACUGCUCUACAGCGGAAACGACGUGAGUCGCUUUGAACAAAAUAUAGGUUAUUUGUCAGCAUAUAGUUUGUAAAUUCCAGAGGACAGACGAUUAGGCGUGCCAUCAGUGGGCAAAUGAUUGAAAGGAUAGUACAUGGAAGGAAGAAAGAGUAGACAAAGAGAUGAGUGACGAAAACGAAAGUUUAUUCCGAAUAUCCUGCCAGUCCAAAUGAAGCAAAUUUUUACAUACAAGAGGUAUGUCUUUGAAACUAAGAUGAAGGAGUCGGCGGGCAAUAUGAUUAUAUAACCCGACACAUUACCAUCAUAGGAACAGCUAUGUCCAAUUACCUUGUCAUGGAUUGUUUAUCAUUUCCAUCACCAUGGACACCACUUAAGUUAUCAAAUAUAUUUUGUAUUUACAGGAAUCACCAACGCUAUAUUUAACAUUACUUCACGGAGACUUACUGCUAUGGCUGGGUGAUCUUAAAUCCCCUGCGGUAUUUUCUUCGUCAAAUAUCACCUUCUCUGAUAAUUCCUGGUAUGUCCUCCGUCUUACCGCCGUGGAAAAUAGGUAGGUUGACAUCAACUUUGAUUUCGGAUAAAAUAAAUAAUGCAUCAAAACGAAAUAUGAUUUAUAAAGGGAAUUAUGAAAGAAUAAUUUUGUUGUCACACACAAAUUGUGUCUCAUUCUUGUGUCAAAGUUGCCUUAACAUUGAUAUGUUUUUUUUUCUAAUAGAUACCUGCUAUAUGUGAAUGAUACGUUUCUUUAUUCUGGUGUCUGGAACAUUCCUGGGUCGACACUGACUCUUCGUAAGCCUUUCUACAUGGGUGGUGUACCGAGAAACAUGUCAGCUGUCUAUGUUCCAUUUGCACUUUGCUUUCAAGGAGGAAUGAAAGACUUAGUUAUUAAUUCACGGUAAACUAACUUACAAGGCACCUGCUGUUUUAUUUUGGUUAAGAAACAAUGAGUAGUAUUGUAGGGACCGUUUGCUCCUAUUUCGCGGAUAUUUUGGGUGGUUUUAUUUGCAGCAUUCACUAAUCGUUGUCAAGAUUGACUGUUGAGUUUUAGUUGUUUUUAAUCUAUAAAAUAAAAAAUUUCAACAAAAAUACGACGGCUAUGCGCUUAUGCUACAAAUGAAUCCACUCGCGUGUCAACUCGUAUGUCUCACUGAACCUUUAUCUAAUUAACUAGACUGAAUUUCUUUCCAUAAGUUCAAUCGUUCCAGUUCCACUGCACUUCAAUUCAACCACCACCAGACCAGUGAUGUUUCAUGAAAUACAAAUUGGCGUGUAUUUCAUUGACAACCCUAUGGCCUCAUCGACGUUAAAGAAAAAGUUGCUUAUAUAGCAGGUCGAUUUAAAGCAUAACGGUACAGUGCAUUUUUUGGUAUUUAUAGCGCUACAUUGCACGCGUUUUCAUUGAUUACUAGUUAGUUUGUAAUUAUGAGAAUAAUUUCAAUUAGUUACAUUUGCAUUUUCUGUUUGCUAUCUUUAGCAAUGUCAGUUUUUUCUCCGGACGCACAAUCGGUGUAUCGAGCGCUGGAGUAAUUCCUGCCCGAGUACCUCCUCCUGUUCCUAAGACAUGCAGUGCCUCACUUGAUCCAUCGACCUCAUCCAACAAUCCUAAAACAGUGCACUUUGGUCUCUUGGAAAGCAAAAGACAAAGCUACAUUGGAUUCAACUUGACUGGCGAACGAAAUGCCGAGUUCAGUUCCGAGUAAAUGAAUUUGCUAUAUUCAACUGUUAUUAAUUUGCGCAGAUUUUUUAUUUAGACGAUGAUUUGAAACCCGGCGGCUACUAUCUGUCAUGGAAGCUAAUUUAGUCUAAGCUUCGAUGUCAAAGUGCAAACAUGUCAGACCAGGUGGAUCUCAAGGACAAGUCUUAUCUAUCUAAGCCUCAAUGGUGAAGGAAGCUGUUCAUUCUGAAAUUCCCUAGACCUUUCAACCCUUGCUUUGCCAAGAGAGUGUGCUCGUAGGGUAGUGACAAAGUCGCAGAGAAACCUAACAAACAAUUUGAAAUAAUAAAUAACUACCCCUUCUGAUGUCUCCGAUAUGUCGAUGUUUAGACUUAAAAGUUAGGUUAAUUAUUAUUAACAAAUUUUUUCGCCGUUAAAACUUUCAAUUUGAUUUCUAGGUACUAACGAUUUCUCGUGCAUAAUGAUGCAAACAAACAAAAUAUCUUGCACUUAUUGUAGUUUUAAUGUUUUUCAGUUUUGUAGUUGGCUUGUACUUCCGAGCUCUUUCUGAUGACGGCCUUCUUCUGUACGGUACUGAUAAUGACACACAUCCAACUCAGUUCUUUUCACUGGAGCUCGUGCGUGGUCGAUUAGUUUACAAAUUUGACUCCGGUAGAGGGCUGGUAUCAAUGACUACUAAAGACAAGUACUCUGGUAAAGGUGUCUGGUACAGGGUAUGUGGGCUUUCAUUAACAGUACAACUUCGAAAAUCGAAAUUCGAAAAUCGAAAGAGGUCAAGCAAUUGCUGUCACUUACUCGUCAAUUCAUCGGUCACUUCAUGUAUACAACAAUUAUAUUAGAAUUUAGAGUAGCACUGGUCGCUAAGCUAGACAAAUUUAUGCAAAUAAGAUGUAUACUUUAGGUGAACUGUAAGUACCAAUCAAAAAGCCGAAAGGGUACUACUUGGGACAAAUUCUUUAAACUGGCGGCCAUUACAUCACAAAAUGUUCCAUUCCCUAAUUAUUCGAGCUGGCUGUAUUUAAAACCGACUAUAAUCCAAUGAAUACAGUGGCUGGAUCAGUAUAGUAGUCAAUUGCCCUAGUACAUGGAAAAGCCGGAUCAGCAGAAAAGACUUAGUGAAGAAACAAGAGGCAAACGGGUCCUUGCAAGUGUUGAUGAUGUAUAAUUUAUUUCAGGCAUAUAUCCUACGAUGGUUUCAUUUUGGAGCUAUAUUGGUAAAUCUCAGAGAAUAUACAAACGGCGGACAUGUUCCGCCUAGCAAUGCCAUGAACCUUACUCGGCUUUAUAUAGGUGGACUACCAAGUCAUGUUUUUGCACCACAUCUUACUAACAGGUAGGUUAAGAACUUUUUGCAAAUCAUUUAAAACAUUUAANUCACUUUCCUGGAGAAUUGCUCUUAAAAUACGUAACAAAAGACCUCAGGGGUGGAUCUGCUACACAGGCUUUAUCGGCCUUUUCAGGUGUAUUGAUUGGAGGGUAGGGUUUUUUUUCUUAUGGGUUAGAAGGGGGUUCAGACCCUUCCAAUAGCUGGGUAACACACUGAGAGCAAAUUGCCAGACGUUCUUUUGCCUUUAACACGUACUUUAUCAGACACUUUUGUUGGCAAUGCACGUAUGCAGUUCCAGGGUCGAUGAUGAAACUGACAAGAAAUGAUGGCUGGUUGACCACUCUGUAUUUACGUGUUUAUUUGCCCUACAUUUCGAAAUUUUAAUUAUUUUUAAGAGUUUUAUUUUUAAAACGACUAUUUUAGUUUUGUAUUACAAGUGUUAGUUACAAAAACAGUUCAUUUUAUGUUUAAGUUAGCAUAAUUGUAAAGCGCAUUAGAUCAUAUCCUAAUGAAUUUUGCGCUAUACAAGUGAUGAGUUAUUGUUAUCAUUUUCUUAGGUGCCUUAGCUUUUACUAAAGGCAUGGAGAACUGUUCGGAUUUGUGACCUUAGACAGUUCUCCUGCCCAUAGAGUAACCUGGUGGCUCGUCAGUAUAACAUUAUAGAGACAAUACAUAUCAGUUAAUCAGGAAUUCUUUUGUGUUUCGCUUCAUGUUUUUAGGUACCUUGGCUUCGUAGGAUGUAUGAGUGAUAUGGAGGUUAAGGGUAACGCAGCGUUGUUUGAUAUAACCAACUUUGACAUAAAAGGACCUGAUAAGAGCAGUGACUCAUGCUAUGAUGUGGCCCAACCAGGUCUUGGCUUCAAUGGUUCGGCCUGGGCAAGAUUCGGUAUGUAAACAUGACAAAAUGAUUCAGUCUCGGUUAACUAUUUUCCAGCCCCGCUUUUACGUGAACUAGGAAAAGUCUUACGACCUUUGAUCGUGAAUGGCUUGACGAAAACCAAUCCAGACCAACAUUAUUAGCACAAGCAUGUUUAAUUAACUGAAUACCCAUCUGUACAGGACACGGUAUGACUGUAGUUAUAGUAUCUGCAUUCCAAACAUUAUUGCCGCACUCCGGGGAAACAGGGGGAAAAUACUAUUAUAAUAAAACGUUACCAAAGGAGAUUUUUUUGCAUUUUUUUUAGACAACAUCACGUUAGGUGAAAAUUUUAGCGUUGAAUUGACCUUCCGGACUUCAACUCGUGAUGGUAUACUCUUUGUGAUACUCGGUAACUCCACAACUGAAGCAG